AUGGCAGAACCUACAGAUCUGAGUGAAAACAUACAUCCAACUGCAGACCAGCAGCCAGCCACCCAAGAAGGGGAAGCAGUAGCUGGUAGUGGUGCAGCCGAAGUCGCAGCCGACACAGUGGCAGGAGCAACUGCAGACAAGCGGCCAGCCACCGAAGAAGGAGAAGCAGUAGCUGGCAGUGGCGCAACCAAUGUUGCAGUGGGCACAUUGCAAGGAGCAACUGCAGACAAGCAGCCAGCCACACAAGAAGGAGAAGCAGUAGCUGGCAGGGGCGCAACCGAUGUCGCAGCGGGCACAUUGCGAGGAGCAACUGCGGACAAGCGGCCAACGACCCACGAAGGAGAAGCAGUAGCUGGCAGUGGCGCAACCGAUGUCGCAGCGGGCACAUUGCGAGGAGCAAGUGCACACAAGCCGCCAGCUACACAAGAAGAAGAGGCAGUAGCUGGCAGUGGCGCACCCGAUGUCACAGAGUCAAAAUUGGGAGGAGCAACUGCAGACCAGCAGCCAGCCACCCAAGAAGGAGAAGAAGUAGCUGGCAGUGGCGCAACCGAUGUCACGGAGGCCAAAGUGGCAGAAGCAACUGCAGACAACCAGCCAGCCAAACAAGAAGGAGAAGAAGUAGCUGCAGCGGGCACAUUACCAGGAGCAACUGCAGACAAGCCGCCAGCUACACAAGAAGAAGAGGCAGUAGCUGGCAGUGGCGCACCCGAUGUCACAGAGUCAAAAUUGGCAGGAGCAACUGCAGACCAGCAGCCAGCCACCCAAGAAGGAGAAGAAGUAGCUAGCAGUGGCGCAACCGAUGUCACGGAGGCCAAAGUGGCAGAAGCAACUGCAGACAACCAGCCAGCCAAACAAGAAGGAGAAGAAGUAGCUGCAGCGGGCACAUUGCCAGGAGCAACUGCAGACAAGCAGCCAGCCACACAAGAAGUAGAAGAAGUAGCUGGGAGUGGCGCAACCGAUGCCGCAGCGGGCACAUUGCCAGGGGCAACUACAGACAAGCCGCCAGCCACCCAAGAAGGAGAAGAAGUAGCUGGCAGUGGCGCAACCGAUGUCGCAGCGGGCACAUUGCCAGGAGCAACUGCAGACAAGCAGCCAGCCACCGAAGAAGGAGGCAAAAUAAUUGGCAGCGGUGCUACGAAUGUGGCAGCAGGCACAUUGGCAGACCCGACAGUUACACAAGAAGAACGACAAGUAGCUGCCAGUGGCGCAACCGAUGUCGCAGCGGGCACAUUGCCAGGAGCAACUGCAGACAAGCCGCCAGCCACCCAAGCAGGAGGCGAAAUAGCUGGCAAUGGUGCUAUGACAUUGCCAGGAGCAAUUGCAGACCACCAGCCAGCCACACAAGAAGGAGAAGAAGUGGCUGGCAGUGGUGCAACCAAUGUCACAGCGGGCACAUUGGCAGGAGCAACUGCAGACCAGCAGCCAGCCACCCAAGAAGGAGACGAAAUGUCUGGUAGUGGUGCAACUGAUGUCGCAGCGGGCACAUUGCCAGGAGCAACUGCAGACAAGCAGCCAGCCACCGGAGAAGCAGCAGCUGGUAGUGGUGCGACCGAAGUCGCAGCCGCCACAUUGGCAGGAGCAACUGCAGACCAGCAGCCAGCCACACAAGAAGGAGAAGAAGUAGCUGGCAGUGGCGCAACCGAUGUCGCAGCGGGCACAUUGCCAGGAGCAACUGCAGACAGGCCGCCAGCCACACAAGAAGGAGAGGCAGUAGCUGGCAGUGGCGCACCCCAUGUCACAGAGGCAAAAUUGGCAGCAGCAACUGCAGACCAGCAGCCGGCCACCCAAGAAGGAGAAGAAGUAGCUGGCAGUGGCGCAACCGAUGUCACGGAGGCCAAAGUGGCAGGAGCAACUGCAGACAACCAGCCAGCCAAACAAGAAGGAGAAGAAGUAGCUGCAGCGGGCACAUUGGCAGGAGCAACUGCAGACAAGCAGCCAGCCACCCAAGAAGGAGAAGAAGUAGCUGGCAGUGGCGCAACCGAUGUCGCAGCGGGCACAUUGCCAGGAGCAACUGCAGACAGGCCGCCAGCCACACAAGAAGGAGAGGCAGUAGCUGGCAGUGGCGCACCCCAUGUCACAGAGGCAAAAUUGGCAGCAGCAACUGCAGACCAGCAGCCGGCCACCCAAGAAGGAGAAGAAGUAGCUGGCAGUGGCGCAACCGAUGUCACGGAGGCCAAAGUGGCAGGAGCAACUGCAGACAACCAGCCAGCCACCCAAGAAGGAGAAGAAGUGGCAGGGGUCAGCGGGGAUGCAGCAACAGAAGAAGGCAACAAAGAAUCUUGUGCAGCAGUUGCUGAUUGUGAUGACAAGGAGAGUGCCUUGCCUGAGCAGGCAGGGGUUGAAGUGGGCACGAACCCAGGCAUUCCGUUGAGUGGAGAAACUGAGCACUUAGAGGAAACCCUAUUGGAAGCAUUGGAGAAGACGCGUGACCCAGGAGAUGCUUCAGAUGCUGAUGCUCCUGAUGCUCCAAAGUAUGGUUUCGGCUGGUGGCGCCUUUCCCGUGUGUCGCCAGAGCCUGUGUUUGAAGUCCGCCAUGUGGUGCACUACAAGGAUGGCGUGCAGAUGGGACCGCCGCGACUGGAAAGGCGCAGGCUGCGUUCUGGAUACGUCUCAACCGGAAAAGCAGAGAUCACAAAACCACAAAGCAGCCCCAUGAGCGACGUUGAAGACUGGCGUUGGCAAAGGCUUCUGGACCUUGUGUCCAAUCCGUGUGAGCCACCGCAACUUGCGGGAUGUGCACAUUUGAGCUACUCCAGUGCAAAGAUGGCUGUCCAAGAUCUUACCUUGUCUGGUGGGUCAGGUUUGCCAAUCAUCGUCAGCACAGUCGCCAAGGAAGGCCCUGCGCGAAGAGCAGGUGUGCUCCCAGGUUUUCAGCUCAUGGCGCUGAACGGCCGCGACUUCAGCAAAGGGCCUUGGGUGGAGACUCCCGGGGAUCAACUUCUUCCAGUUCUUCCAGCCGAUGCGAAGGUGCAUUUGGAUUUGCUGGAUCCGGCGCCACAAGAGCACGGGAUCACUACACUCGCAGAUAGAGUUGCAAGGAUGCCAUUGCUUCGUCCUCUUUUCAGGUGAUGUGAAUGCACUGCCAUGCACUGCCCACAGGAUACUCGAUGCAUCUCGAUUCUCUCCGCCAUCCACAGCUAUCAACAACAGCCUGCCAUAGCCUGCGCAUCCAUGGGUUGUUUCGCCGUGACAGAUUUGACCGGAAGCUCCAAGAACUCCAGCACCGCGGAAUUGGCCAGAUUUGGAUUUAGAGAUUCGCGAUGAUCGCUGACUGUUUCAUUCCAUCUGAAAGCUUCUGAUGAAGGUUUGGGUGAGCUGAACCGAAAGGAACUUUGAGGAGCAGGAGCA